GUAUGCACCUGUACGAAAAACAAACAAAAAACAGGAAGAAUAAGAAAAAGAAGUUUGUAGCUUUCAGGCUGGCAGUUACAAUGGAUCAGAAGAUUCCUUAUGAUGACUACCAGCUCCCAGUGGUAUUCCUGCCCUCUUAUGAGAACCCACCAGCAUGGAUACCCCCACAGGAGCGGGUUCAUCACACUGACUACAACAACGAGCUCACCCAGUUCCUGCCUCGUACCAUUGUGUUGAAGAAACCUCCAGGAGCACAGCUGGGCUUCAACAUCCGUGGGGGCAAGGCAUCACAGUUGGGAAUCUUUAUAUCCAAGGUGGUCCCAGACUCAGAUGCCCACAGAGCAGGGCUUCAAGAGGGGGACCAGGUUCUUUCUGUGAAUGAGGUUGAUUUCCAAGACAUAGAGCACUCAAGAGCUGUAGAGAUUCUGAAGACUGCGCGAGAAAUACUGAUGAGGGUUCGCUUCUUUCCUUACAACUACCAAAGGCAGAAGGAGAGGACUGUACAUUAGGUGGCAGCAAAGCGAGGGAGAGAUGUGUACAGACGCUUCUCUGCACGUCCUUACCCUCCUCCCACAGACUCUGGCCUCCAUUCUGUCUCAGCUUCAAGAUGACUGAUGUAUGACUAACGGACUCAUUCAAAGUGUUCCAUGUAAGGACAAUACAUACUCUGUCAUAGACUCGCUUUCCUCUCUCAGGCAGAAGUCUGAGCACUCCCUAAUCUACUGCGAUACGUGAUGAUUUCGGUUCCAUCAGGAUGCAUUCACAGGAAGUGAAGGAAGCAGAAGCUUUGACAUUUUACAUGAUUCAUUAUGUAACUGAUACAUAUUUUUUAGUCAUGCAUUUAUAGUUCAACAUUUAUACAGCCUGCAUAAUUUAUUAACUUUUCCUCAAGCCCUAAUUAGAUGUUUCUACUGUAGUCUUAGAAUAUAUAUUUUAAUCAAGUACAGAGUAGCACACACGUGUACUGUACACAUUUGCCUUGAUGACACUGAUAAAUAUACAUACACCCGUGUUUCCAGUUUAUUAGGUACGCCUAGUUAAAGUGAAUGCAGCACAAUACAUCAGCCUGUCAAUAAAUCUUUCCAUGCUGACAGUUCAGUUUUUGUUGAACCUGUUUUAAAAACUUUGACAGAAUGUUAGAAAUACACCUCAAGAGUGCUACAAACACCUGUAGGUAGGAUCUGUUACUGUGGUAUGCGUUAGUUUUGUAUAUACACGUUAAAAAUGUACACUUGACAUGGAUUUGUCAGACUGCCGGGCUUUACACAUCGUAAGAGGAAAUACAAUUUAAAUAUCACUGAUCUAAACAUCACUGUGAAUAUAUUGCAGAUCCUGUUUUUAAAUAUUCACAACCAUUUUUUAAUCGUGUAGGAAAUAUUAGGUUGUGUAAAUACAUUUCAGCGACUGCUGUUGGGGACGCAUUAAUGUUAAGUAUUGAUUUUGUUCAUGUUUCAUACACUAGUUUAACAGAAACUGCACGCUGAAUGAUAUUGUAGUUAUUCAAUGUAUAAACUGAGGUGCCAAACUUCCAACAUUUUAUAUGUGCAUAACAGCACACUGCGCCCUGUAUCUUGGUAGAGUCUGUAAUAGUAUCUGUGUGCAGUGGAGAAUCUGAUGUUAGCAGGAUUUUGUUGCAACUGAAGACUUUAUCAGGUACUUCUGUCAUUUUAGCCUCUGUAGUUCAGGUUGUGUUUAUCAGUACAAUCAGCAGAAACAAGCUUUGGCCAUAAAGUAAAUCCUCAUUCAUUAGAACAGUUACAGAAAACAGCUGAACACUGCUGGAUGUUACUGCUAGUAUACACUAAAUUUGGUGAGACCUGUCUUGGUGUUUACCUGCCUGCUGCAUGUCAACACUGUCUUAUUUCAUUGUACUCGACUAACUUUCAUACAAAGGAGUAACUUUUGGUUUUCCAUCUGAUGAACUUUAAAGAUGUAAGUAUUAAGACACUGAUAAGGUAGAAGAAAUAAAACGUUUUGAACCUUA